AGCGCGGGAAAGUGUCAUGUGGACAUGUGCGAGCAUGUCAGUCAGCGGGAGAGCGGAUGAACGUUGUUGUUAUGUUGUUGAGGCUGUCCAGGGAUUCCGAAACUAAAUGAAAAUGAUCUCCGAAGCGGACACUUUCAAGAUUCUCGUUGCAUCAGAUAUUCACCUGGGUUAUGAGGCGCAAGAAUCUAUCCGCAAGGACGACUCCCUGACGACCUUCCGAGAGAUACUGGAGAUUGCCGUCUCCAACAGCGUCGACUUCAUCCUCCUGGGCGGCGACCUCUUCCACGAGAACCACCCGCCGCGAUGGGUGGAACACGAGGCCCUACGCCUCCUGCGCCAGUACUGCCUCGGCAGCAAGCCCAUCCACUUCGAGUUCCUCAGCGACCAGUCCGAGAACUUCUCCUUCUGCUCCUUUCCCAACGUCAACUACGAGGACCCCAACCUCAACGUGUCCUACCCCGUCUUCACCGUCCACGGAAACCACGACGACCCGAGCGGGGCGGAGAACCUCAGCUGCAUAGACGUCCUCUCCACCUCGGGGCUGGUGAACUACUUCGGAAAGCUGACGCAGUUGGAAGACAUUAAGCUGAAGCCGCUCCUGCUGCGGAAGGGGAAUACGCUGCUGGCCCUCUAUGGGCUCGGAUGGGUGCGGGACCGGCGCCUCCACUAUCUCUACCGGGAGAGGAAGGUGUGCAUGGCCCGCCCGGUCGAAAACACGGACGACUGGUUCAACCUGCUGGUCGUGCACCAGAACCGGAACAGACACACGGCGACGGAUUACCUGCCCGAGGAGUUUCUGCCGGAUUUCGUGGACCUGGUGGUGUGGGGACACGAGCACGAGUGCCUGAUAGACCCCGAAUGGAACGGGAGGUACCACGUCACCCAGCCCGGCAGUUCAGUGGCCACGUCCCUCUGUCCCGGCGAGGCGGUCAAGAAACACGUAGGGAUUUUGGAGAUUUACUUUGAUGGAAAGAAGCAACACAGGAUGACAAAAAUACCGCUGAAGACUGUCAGGCCUUUUGUAAUCAAAGACGUUUCAUUGUUCGACAUGACGGGACAGCGUGAACGUGCGCAGGAGGAAGAAAAGGCUACAGCGGAGGCGGAAUUCUGUGCGGUGCAUGUUGAAGAGAUGAUAGAGAGAAGCUGCUUGCAGUUGUCUGGUGACCCACGGCAGCCGACACUUCCGCUCGUCCGCCUACGCGUCGAGUACGGCGACAAGCACGAGACCUUCAGCUUUCAUCACUUCGCUCGUCUGUUCCACGAAAAGGUCGCAAAUCCGCGCUCCAUUGUCAUCUUCCACAAGGUCAAAGGCAAAUCCAAGAACAGCAAGGAAGUUGGCCUGGACGUUGAACAGCUUCGCCGCGUCAUGCAGCCCGAACUAGUUCCGCAGGCCUGCGUCGUGGACCUGGUUCGAGAGUACUUUGAAACCGUCGACGACUCCAUGCAGUUGUCCCUCCUGAGCAACGUAGCCAUGCAGCGCGCAGUGAGCCUCUUUGUUGACAAACAGUGCAAGGAAGCCGUACGUGAAAUGAUUGCCAUGCAAGAGGAGAGGGCCCUAAGACUGCUCAUGGAGCGAGUCUCGGACGUCGAUAAUGUAACGGAGGAAACACUCGACGCCGAAAUCGACGGUCUGCGCAACAUAGUCAGCGUCGACAAAGAUGUCGAGGAUGUCGACCGAGUGGCGGAUCGCAUUCUGACGUGCGCCGGUAACCAAGACGUUGCCGGGAACGGAGAUGAGUUCGACGAGGAGUUUGCGGGGACCAGGAGGACCGCGCGCGGAAGAGGACGGGGAAGGAGCAAGGCUGUUAACAAGUCAGUAAGCAAGCGUAGCGUUUCUGGGUACGAGGAGGAGGAAGAAGAAGAAGAACCAGAGAUUGAGGAUGAGGAUGAAGUUCAGUUCUCCUUUGCAGACCUAAGAAGGGGGAGGGGUUCCCCCAGCAGGGGCAGGGCCACUACAACUAGAAGGGCAGCUAGGGGUGCGGCACGACGUGCUUCGUCCACUGGGAGAGGGAGGAAGCGCGGUGUUAACCUGUAGGAAAGUGUGCGGGACUUUAUGUGCCUCGCAGAACUGUUUUUGUUAGAUUCUGUAUGUACAAUUGCACAAGUUGUGCAAUUUCUGAGCAAUUCCUCUUGUUUCUCUUUGAAUAUGAACUAUCGACUUGCUCUACUUUGAACACCAAUGGACACAAAUGGGUUUUGCUUGCUUUCCUUUUUUGAUGUGCCUGCAACAGCUGCCAAAGGAGUGCAUUUCUUAUAUUAAGCACUACAGUUUUGUUUAUGUGAACAUUUGCAGAUACUCGGCGUUUAGUGAGCAAAAUUUGUAUCGUAUUUGUCACAAGGGGAUUCUGCAUGUGACUAUAUUUCCCUGAAGCAAUUACUGGUGUGAUUCAGUGAAUCAUUUACUCAAUCCUCCUCAGUGAUUCACUCAAAGGUCACACAUCUUGAAAGAGCUGAUGGGACAAAAAGAGAGAGAGCAAGUGGUAGAGUAACACAAAACAUAUGCUGUGUUUAUAAUAUUUAACUGUGUACAAAUACAACACACUCGUUUAUGUCUAUUAAAAAAUGUGUUUUAUUCCA